GGGGGAGGAGGGGGGGGGAGGGGGAGGAAAAGAGGGGGGGGGCGGGGGGGCGGCAGCAGCGGCAGCGCCUGCGCGCCCGGGGGCCGCCGCCGCCUCCGCAGCCCGGUAGAGACACCGGAUCCGCCGCCGCAUCCUCCUCCUCCGCCCCGCUUCCCCGCGGCCGGGACGCCGAGGCAGAAGAGGAAGCGGCGGUUGGAGGUUUGUCCGGGGCGGGGAGUCACUCAAGUGCAGCCACUGAUCACGAGAUGUUACCACGAAAUCUACCUCAGACUUCACGUUUGCUCACUCAGUUGCUGCGUCAUAGAUCUCAAGAGGAGCUCUGCAGACACUCCUGAAAGUCUCUGAACAGACUAUGACAUCAAGUUAAAGCAUGACGACCUAACAGUAGUUCAAAGUCUCAAACAUUGAUUCAGCAGUUCAAGAUUAAACUGCCCUUUUUCACCAGUAUCACUUCCGAAGGCUACAGACCUCCUGCCAUUUCUUUCCUGGUUACUUCAGAAUAUUCAACUGACCUUUCUCUGGUGAAAAGAUCUUGACUUUUCUCUCUGGUCCUGGAAAUAUUAAAUGGAAUACAGUCAUGUCUACCCAGGACGAGAGGCAGAUAAAUACAGAGUAUGCUGUAUCCUUGCUGGAGCAGUUAAAAUUCUUUUAUGAACAGCAGUUGCUAACUGACAUAGUGUUGAUUGUUGAGGGCACUGAAUUUCCCUGUCAUAAGAUGGUUCUAGCAACGUGCAGCUCGUAUUUCAGAGCCAUGUUCAUGAGUGGGCUGAGUGAAAGUAAACAAACACACGUACACCUGAGGAAUGUGGAUGCAGCCACUUUACAGAUUAUCAUAACUUACGCAUACACGGGUAACUUGGCAAUAAGCGACAGCACAGUCGAGCAGCUCUAUGAAACUGCCUGCUUCUUACAGGUAGAUGAUGUGUUACAGCGGUGUAGAGAAUACUUAAUCAAAAAAAUUAAUGCAGAAAAUUGUGUGCGUCUGUUAAGUUUUGCUGAUCUCUUCAGCUGUGAAGAGUUAAAACAGAGUGCUAAAAGAAUGGUGGAGCACAAGUUCACAGCUGUGUACCACCAGGAGGCUUUCAUGCAACUGUCACACGAUCUACUGAUAGAUAUUUUAAGCAGUGACAAUUUAAAUGUGGAAAAGGAGGAGACAGUUCGUGAAGCUGCUAUGUUAUGGCUGGAGUACAACACGGAAUCACGAUCGCAGUACUUGUCCUCUGUUCUUAGCCAAAUCCGGAUCGAUGCACUUUCAGAAGUAACACAGAGAGCCUGGUUUCAAGGCUUACCACCUAAUGAUAAAUCAGUGGUGGUGCAAGGACUGUACAAAUCAAUGCCCAAGUUUUUCAAGCCCAGACUUGGCAUGACAAAAGAGGAGAUGAUGAUAUUCAUUGAAGCUGCUGCUGAAAACCCUGGUAGUCUUUACUCGUCUGUCUGUUACAGCCCACAGGCGGAGAAAGUUUACAAACUCUGCAACCCUCCUGCUGACUUGCAUAAGGUUGGGACACUUGUAACUCCUGAUAAUGACAUUUAUAUAGCAGGUGGGCAAGUUCCUCUGAAAAACACAAAAACCAAUCACAGUAAAAGCAGCAAACUGCAGGCUGCCUUCAGAACUGUGAAUUGCUUUUACUGGUUUGAUGCACAGCAAAACACUUGGUUUCCAAAGACACCGAUGCUGUUUGUUCGUAUAAAGCCAUCCCUGGUCUGCUGUGAAGGAUACAUCUAUGCAAUUGGAGGAGACAGCGUCGGUGGGGAGCUCAACAGGAGAACUGUGGAGAGAUACGACACUGAGAAGGAUGAGUGGACCAUGGUGAGCCCGUUGCCUUGUGCGUGGCAGUGGAGCACGGCAGUGACAGUUCACAACUGCAUUUACGUCAUGGCACACAACUUGAUGUACUGCUACUUCCCCAGGUCGGACGCGUGGGUGGAAAUGGCCAUGCGACAAACAAGUAGGUGUUUUGCUUCGGCUGCUGCUUUUGGUGAUAAAAUAUUCUAUAUUGGAGGACUGCACAUCGCCAGCAAUUCCGGUAUAAGGCUCCCAAGCAGUACUGUAGAUGGGUCUUCCGUAACCGUGGAAAUCUACGACGUGAAUAAGAACGAGUGGAGGAUGGCAGCCAAUAUCCCUGCCAAGCGCUAUUCUGACCCCUGCGUUAGGGCCGUCGUCAUCUCUAAUUCCUUGUGUGUCUUUAUACGAGAAACCCACAUGAACGAGAGAGCCAAGUAUGCCACCUAUCAGUACGACCUGGAACUCGAUCGCUGGUUUCUGAGGCAGCAUAUAUCGGAACGGGUGCUGUGGGACUUGGGGAAGGACUUCCGGUGCACUGUAGGAAAGCUGUAUCCAUCUUGCCUUGAAGAGUCCCCAUGGAAACCUCCAACAUAUCUCUUCUCGCCAGAUGGAGCUGAUGAAUUUGAGCUGGAUGGGGAGAUGGUUACUUUACCACCUGUAUAGCUCCCAAAUUAGACUGCACAACUGAUUCUAUGCUCAGUUAUAAAAGAGAAAAGAAAUGGCUGUGAAAGAACAUGUCUGAGAAUGGUCAGAAUGUCAGACCUGUCUUUCAUGAAUUGUAUUUUUAUGCCCUACCUAAUAACACUCGCCGCCAUUCAGUACGAAUAAAUGAAAUGAGCAGAUAUGCUUCCAUAAUCUGAAAUACUAUUAUCCGAUAAUUGAGAAACAUAUAUGUAUAUCAUAAGCUUAAGCAUCUGACUUGUCUAAAGAAUGAACUCUAGUUCUAUGAAGUCUCAGUUCAGGAAAAUUAGCUUCAGAAAAAAAGUAGUUAAUGUUUCUAGGAUGAUGUCUCAACUCUUUUGAAAAUAUCUUCCAGUUAUAUUUGAACUACUUCUGGAUAUUCUACUUAAGUGCUAGUUAUAUAACUGUCAGUGUGGCCUAAUAAAAGGACUGUGCUGCACUCUACUUAAUACUAAUAUCCAUGUUGGUAUAGCAAUGCCAUUAAAAGAAAAAGAAACAAAUCCCAUGGAUCUACCUGUGGUAGGAAGGGUAGAUCUUCCAUUGUAUGGUAACAUGCAGGGCAAAAUGACUGCAGGUUCAGUCAAGCUGUAUGAUGAGGUGCAUGUGUUCUAUUUUCACUAACUUAUACCUGUCUAUUUAGAAUACAGGUCUUCCAAGCAGCUGGUAGAUUACCAGGUGUGGAUUUAAGUUGCUGGGCUUGCAAUAGGAAUUGCCAGCCCUCAUAGUGCGGGUCUGUGUGGGGCUUUAAUCAGUAAAUGCCUCCACACUCUGUAUUACAGUAACAUUGGCUCAUGUAUAUUACUUCCUGCUGCUGAUGUAUUUUUCCAUUGUAAAACAAAGUUUUAGUGUGGAUUAACCAGGUCUUUAUUUUCUGUUAAUUUAAUAACAAGCAUUACUGUAGUGUGACUGUGUAUAGAUAUCCCUUAGCUGUCAGGUUUUUUACUUCGGGGGGGGGGGGGGGAAGCAAAAUUCAGGAAUAUCCUGUGCUGUGUGUGCAGGAGAGCAGAUGACUAGUGCUGCUCUGGCAUUAAUCCCAGGAACCACUAGCAGUAGCGGGGCGCCGCCAAUCUAACAUGAACACAGGUGCUUCAUGACAAACCUUACUAGCAUGUUCAGCUGCAUCAUGUUCUGGCACUGUAUUUUGAAUGACAUUAAUUUAUUAAAAAAGAUUGAAUCCAA